GAGGGGCCGGCGGUCGCAGUAGGCUCGGCUGUCACUCUCCAGCUGCUGCCGCUGUCCGUGGUGCUGAUCACGGCCGGGGAGGAAAGGUUGCUUUUCCCGGGUAUCUGUCUGCCGGGAACCCAGUAUGUCGCCAGCCUGAAGCCGGACCGGAGCCCAGGGCGGGGCUCGCACCUCAUCUCGUACCCAGCGGCCUCCAGCGCCAGGAUGAGUCUCAGAGCGGGGACCGUCCUCUGCCUCCUUCUCCUUACCUGCAGCCACCACAGUGGCUCGGCGGCCCGCAACCACGGCUGUUCGUUUGACCUGAGAUUGUGUUCUAAGGAAGAGGUCUGUGUACAAGAUGGGUUGUUUGGCCAAUGUCGGGAUCGGACUGAAAGGGAUGUGGGGCAGUUCCAGGUGACACCAAGUACUCUGCAACAGCUGCAAGGGGUGCUGCACCAACUCACAGCAAAAGGGUUGUCGUGGAAAGAUGAUGUAACACAGCGUGUGAUGGCUAAUGAGAUGGGCCGCAUCCCGCAGCACAAAGCCUUAGAACCUCUAGAUCUUCUGGAUGAUGACAGACGGAUAAUUCAGCGCCUCAGUGGAGCAGGUCCAGCACAGAGAUGGACCACUAAAAACGAUGUACUCCAGUACUUCAGACCUAGGGCCUUUUCAUCAGAUUCUUCAUCUGUGCCACAAAGGAUUCCCGUGAGCCUCAAGCAGAACAAGUCUCCUUUGUUGGAUCGAUACUUGACAUACUUCCUGCUAACCUCUCAGUCUCCCAAAUCACAGCUGAGCUAUCAAGACCUGACCCACCCAAGGAACCCCCAACACAUCUUCAGUGCUUCUCAUACCAGGCCAGAUGGGACCAGGAGACUUAUCUAUGGGAGGUAUCAAGGAGGACAAGACACACCACUGCCCAUCCAGCUGCCCAGUGAUAUACACCGCAGUUGGGCAGAAUUAAGGAGGAAACUUCCCCGUGAAAGCGUAGAUAGCAAUUUGCCAAAUGACGUUUUGGAAAGUUCUGAAAUGAUUGAAAGGAUGAACCAGGCACCGGAUAGUGACCAGAUUCAUGAUCCAGAAAGUCAAGAGCAAGUAGGAAGGACACUGAGAGGAUCGAUUGGUAUGCAGAACAUGGCGAAGGCUCAGCCGGCACCAGAGAUACAAGGCUUAGCAGAAGCUCAGAGCUUAGCCGGAGUGCUGGAGAAAUACGGUGUGGACUUAAGACAGCUCAGUGAAUCUCAGCUGGAACAACUCUCUACCCUUCUCCAACUCAUUCAGUCAGACUUUAUGCAGAACCAGGGGUCGAGAAGUGGAGAUAGAAUUCCAAUGAAACGCGUCUCAGAGGGGGAGAUGCAGCACACAGCUGGGGAGGAACCACAAUUCUCUCCUCCAGAUAUUUCUCCAAGGGACACCUCUCCAGCCAAUGUGGAACAGAGUGCAGAACAACGGGGUGUGGAUGGUCUCAUGAGUGUCACUCCUGCCAUCAUUACCACCCAUCUGGCUCCUGAUGCCCAUACAAUGGGUGAACAAACGAGAAUGACCAUCACUGAUGUGGGGACACUGAAGACCCUUGAGAAGAAAAGCUACCAAGAAACUGGAGAGAUCAGUGAUUCCCCUGAACAGAGCCCUCACAAAGUAAUUGAGGACUAUGGAUACAUCCUUACCGACCAAAAGCCUCUGAGCCUGUUAAAUGGGGUCCGUCUGUUGGAAAUCCUGGCCCAGCGAGUCCAUCUGUCCACUUCCAGCUUCAUCAACAUCAGUGUGGCUGGGUCGGCCGUGACUUUCAGGAUCAGGAAAAAUCACCAGAACCUGACACUAACAGAUGUUGCAGACCGUGCAGUGGCUCUGAAGUCAGACCUGCAAACAGAGACAGGUGUGAAGAUUGUCCAGACCGGAACAGGACAGCGGAGCAAUGCCACCACCUACCCUCACGCCACGCACUUUGGGGACACCUUCCGAUUUGUUCUCCUCAUCUUUAUUGCCUUGGCCUGUAUAGCUGGUAUAGUCAUUGCCUCAGUUGUUAUAUUCUGUCUACGCCAACAUGCCAAGCAACGGGAGAAAGAGCGUUUGGCAGGGCUUGGGCCUGAGGGGGCUGGAGAUUCCACGUUUGAGUACCAGGAUCUAUGCAGACAGCACAUGGCAGGAAAAUCCCUGUUCAGCCGCACAGAGGGUACUGGCGCAGCAGCAGAGAACUCCCGUGUCAGCAGUGUGUCUUCCCAAUUCAGUGAUGUCCCACAACCGAGCCCCAGCUCCCACAGCAGCACCCCAUCCUGGUGCGAAGAACCAGUUCAGUCCAAUAUGGACAUCUCCACUGGUCACAUGAUCCUGGCAUACAUGGAAGAUCAUCUGAGAAAUAGAGACCGCCUCGCUAAGGAGUGGCAGGCCCUGUGUGCUGAUCAGGCCGAGCCAAAUUCUUGCUCUGUCGCUAAGACUGAUGCAAACCUGAAGAAGAACAGGAAUCCAGAUUUUGUCCCCUACGACCAGGCUCGUAUCAAGCUUAGGAGUGAUAACAACCCUUCUCGGAGUGAUUACAUCAAUGCCAGCCCAAUUAUUGAACAUGAUCCCCGUAUGCCAGCAUACAUCGCCACUCAGGGGCCCCUGUCUCACACCAUCCCUGACUUCUGGCAGAUGGUUUGGGAAAACGGCUGUACAGUCAUAGUUAUGCUCACUCCACUGGUGGAAGACAGGGUGAAGCAGUGUGAUCGUUAUUGGCCUGAUGAAGGCUCCUCUCUGUACCACAUCUACGAGGUUAAUCUUGUGUCCGAACAUAUCUGGUGUGAAGAUUUCCUGGUUCGCAGUUUUUAUCUGAAGAAUGUCCAGACCCAGGAGACAAGAACCCUCACACAGUUCCACUUUCUGAGUUGGCCAGCAGAAGGCGUCCCUAGCAGCACCCGCCCCUUGUUAGACUUCCGCAGGAAGGUGAACAAGUCUUUCCGAGGCCGAUCCUGUCCCAUCAUCGUGCACUGCAGUGACGGGGCUGGAAGGACAGGAACCUACAUACUCAUAGACAUGGUCCUGAAUCGUAUGGCUAAAGGUGUCAAGGAGAUUGAUAUCGCUGCCUCACUAGAGCAUGUCCGAGACCAGCGGAUGGGGAUGGUGCGAACCAAGGAUCAGUUUGAGUUCGCCCUUACAGCAGUGGCUGAGGAAGUCAAUGCGAUUCUUAAGGCUUUGCCGCAAUGAGAGCGGUGACUAAGCUGCCUCGCUCGGUGUUGUGAUUUCGCGCCUGCCUUACAGAGAUGGCAGCUCCACCUAUCCUCAGAUACUCAUUUAGUGUUCUCCCUGCUCAUCAUGCUAGGGAGUCCAGACUGCCCUUCCAUGUCACUAACGCCUAUUUGCCUUUCUAAGCUUUUACCCCAGUACUGCCUGAUCUUUAACCCAAAAGUUGCUACCUCGUUCUCCAUGCUUUACCCCUGGCUGAAAGUACCUCACUGUCAUGUUGGUUCAUGUUUCUCCAGCAACAAACAGGUUCCCAGUCCCCAGUGCUCUCCAAAUUUGAAAUCCCGAUAUGACAAUGACCCUGCCGGGGAAAAGUAAUAAGGUCUGAGUUUGCGGAGGUCCGGCAUUUCAGCCAAGAUUGCCCAUAUUUUUAACCUUGGUUUUGCCUUGUAAAUGUUUGCCGCUUUAAAAAUACAGGCAAACUCGGCUGAAAUCGUGGACCUCCGCAAACUCAGAUACUAUUACAUUUCCCCGCAUAUGUCAGUUCCUAUAACUCAGUAACAACUUCGUAUAGCAUGUUCUAUUUCCUGUGUUCUAUUGCAUUAAUACAUUUUGGGGCAGAUGGAUUAACCUGGAGAUGGCAUAAGGAAGUGAUAAAC